AUGACUGCCAGCAGUAUACAAUCGAGUUUAAGUAUAAGUAUAAAUGAGCGUAGUCCGUCAAAUACUCAUCAAUUUAUAAUGAAUACGCCGUCAUCUGAUGAUGCAUCGACAGAGCCAGCUAUUAGCAUAUUUUCAGCCGAUUAUAAAAAAUAUGAAGAUCUUAAACAAAUGUUAGAUGGUAACAAAGAUAAUUUAAAAUUAGAAGCUAUGCGACGAAUCGUUGGAAUGAUUGCAAAAGGCAAAGAUGCUGCCGAUUUAUUUCCAGCUGUCGUUAAAAAUGUUGUAUCAAAAAAUAUGGAGGUUAAAAAAUUAGUCUAUGUUUAUUUAAUGCGUUAUGCUGAAGAACAACAAGAUCUUGCUUUAUUAUCAAUAGCCACAUUUCAACGAGGUUUAAAAGAUCCAAACCAGUUGAUUCGUGCAAGUGCAUUACGUGUUUUAUCGAGUAUUCGUGUUCCAACAAUCGUCAGUAUAAUGAUGUUAGCUAUAAGAGAUGCUGUCAAUGAUAUGUCACCUUAUGUUCGCAAAACAGCAGCUAAUGCUAUAGCAAAACUUUAUGCACUGGAUAUGGAUUUGAAAGAAGAAUUAGUGAUUAUUAUUGGGAAAUUAUUAGCUGAUAAAACAAUUCUCGUAAAUGGCAGUGCUGUUCAAGCAUUUGAACAUGUUUGCCCUGAACGUAUUGAUUUAAUUCAUAAAAAUUAUCGAAGAUUAUGUAAUUUAUUGGUCGAUAUUGAUGAAUGGGGUCAGGUGGUCGUUCUAAAUAUGUUGACACGCUAUGCGAGAUCGCAGUUUAUAGAUCCAUAUCUGGUAAAAAAACAUCUCUUUUAUUAUUGUACUUAAUCAUUUGUUUAAAAAUGUUCUAUUUACGGGGGGGGGGGGGGGGGGGGGGGGGGGGGGGGGGCGGGGGGGGGGGGGGGGGGG